AUGGCUUCGGACUCGCAACCUUACCGCAAACCCUCACUCGAGAGCUCCCGACUAGCCUCUCUGGGUUCCCGAGAGGAUAUAUCCGUGAAAGCAGAGCAUUUCAUCGGUAUAGAUGUGGGCACAGGCAGUGCGCGAGCAUGUAUCAUCGACGGCAGAGGAGACAUUGUCGGCCUAGCCACGGAGAACAUUGGACUCUGGCAACCAGAGCACGGCUUCUAUGAGCAAUCCACCUCCGAUAUCUGGCGUUGUAUCUGCAUAGUAGUGCAACGUGCCAUUAGCCAACAUAACAUCAAGCCAGAGACAGUGCGAGGAAUCGGAUUCGACGCAACAUGCUCACUAUCUGUAUUUAACAACGAAACCGCCGAACCAAUCUCGGUGACUGGUCCGAACUUCGACACAGACCGCAAUGUCAUUCUAUGGCUAGACCAUCGUCCCGUGAGCGAAGCGGCCAAAAUAAACGCUACAAAUCACAAUCUCCUCCGAUACGUUGGAGGGAAAAUGUCUGUUGAGAUGGAAGUUCCAAAGGUUCUUUGGCUAAAGAACCACAUGCCGAAGGAACUUUUUGAUAAGUGCCAAUUCUUCGAUCUAGCAGAUGCCCUCACGCAUAUCGCAACGGGUAAUGAGAAGCGAAGCUUCUGUAGCGUGGUCUGCAAACAGGGAUAUGUUCCUGUUGGAGUUGAUGGGAGUGUAAAGGGGUGGCAGGAGGACUUCCUACAUGAGAUUGGAUUGGGAGAUUUGACAGAAGACAACUUCAAGCGCAUGGGCGGCGUUGACGGGGUGAAUGGUGACUACUUGAGUGCUGGUGAGCUUGUCGGCCAUUUAUGCGAAAAGGCUGCUGCAGAACUAGGAUUACCCGCUGGUAUUGCUAUUGGUAGCGGUGUCAUCGAUGCCUAUGCUGGGUGGAUCGGUACAGUUGGAGCCAAGGUUGAUCUAGAUGCUGCCCAGCUAAAAAGUGAGGUUGCCAAAAACGAUCCGGCACAGGCCUUUUCUCGUCUAGCUGCUGUGGCAGGAACAUCGACGUGCCAUCUGGCAAUGUCUCCGGAUCCUGUCUUCGUUGAUGGUGUCUGGGGUCCUUACAGAGAUACUAUUAUUCCGGGGUAUUGGAUGGCGGAGGGUGGACAAUCUGCUACAGGCGAAUUGCUGAAGCAUGUCAUUGAAACACACCCGGCAUUCAACCAAGCCUUAUCAACUGCCGAAAGCUAUCACAGCAAUAUUUACGAAUACCUGAACGAGCACCUCAAGGAAAUGAAGCAAGACCAAAACGCCCCAUCCAUAUCCUAUUUGGGUAAACACUUCUUCUUCUACGGUGAUCUGUGGGGAAAUCGGUCUCCUAUUGCGGAUCCGAACAUGUCCGGAUCUAUUUUCGGAUUAACGAGCGAUAAAACCGUCGAAGGUCUUGCCAUUUAUUACUAUGCUACCUUGGAAUUCAUCGCAUUGCAGACCAAACAAAUUGUCGAGACAAUGAACAAGGCCGGCCACAAGAUUACUUCGAUUUUCAUGUCAGGCUCACAAUGCCAAAACGAUAUUUUGGUUGACCUCAUCGCAUCAGCUUGUGAUAUGCCGGUUGUGAUUCCUAGGUAUAUUCAUGCUGCUGUAUGUCACGGUGCUGCUAUGCUUGGUGCGAAGGCUGCUAGUGCCGAUGAUGAGGGAAGAACAGAGUCUCUGUGGGGUAUUAUGGACCGUAUGAGCAAGCCUGGGAGAAAAGUGGCGCCCACAGUAGAUGCGAAAGAGAAAGCUCUUCUACAAGCCAAAUACCAGGUUUUCCUGGAGCAGUGCUUUAAGCAGCAGCAGUAUCGGAAGCUGGUGGAUGAAGCAGUUGGUGAUUGGGGCUCGCACUAA